UGGUUGGAGGAGGAGAGAAGGGUGCCGGAGGCUGCAGAGAUCGAAGCAGCAUGCGCAGGGGACGGAGGCUCGAUUCAGGAGGGACGGAUGAGGGCUGAGGGAGAGCGGAGGGACGGAUGUUCCUGGAGGGGCGAGGGCUGCCCCGCUGGGGAGUGGGGGCAUUCGGGACCACCAAGAUCCUGUGUGGAGUGAUCAGCGGAACGCAGGAUGCACCCGGCUCCGGCGAGGCGCUGCCGCAGGGGUACCCGGCCCAGUACCCUCCUCCGCCUCCUCAGACCCGUCUGCCGGCCGAAUACCCCGCUCCGCUCCCUCACCCCAGCCAGGAGUACGCGGGGCAAUCGGUUACGGAGGCUGGCCUUCGACUCUACCCCCAGCCCCAGGCUCUGAUUGAGACGACGACGGCGGUGGAAGGACCGAUAACCGGAAUCCCCCCUCCCCCCGCGGAAGAUUCGAGUCAGCAGGACACCACCCAGCUGUCUCAAGAGUCAGAGGACAACAAGGUGCAAGCCAAACGUCUCCAUGUCUCCAACAUCCCAUUCCGAUUCAGAGAUCCUGACCUGCGGCAGAUGUUUGGGCAAUUCGGCAAAAUUCUAGACGUUGAAAUUAUCUUCAAUGAACGGGGAUCAAAGGGCUUUGGAUUUGUCACAUUCGAGAGCAGCGUUGACGCAGACCGGGCCCGUGAGAAGCUUAAUGGUACUAUUGUGGAGGGCCGUAAGAUUGAGGUCAACAAUGCGACAGCGAGGGUGGUGAACCCCAAGAAAUCCCCGGUUCCUUAUAUCAAUGGAUGGAAGAUUAAUCCGAUGGUCGGAGCUGUCUACGCCCCAGAAAUAUUCACAGUGGCUGGUUUCCCAUAUCCGGUGGCCGCUGCAGCUCCGGCCAUCGCCUACAGAGGGACCCACCUCCGAGGCCGGGGCAGGGCUGUUUACAACACCAUCCGGACUGCAACGGCACCUUCGCCUCUCCCAACCUAUGGAGGAGUUGUCUAUCAAGAUGCUUUAUACGGGGCAGAUGUGUAUGGCGGUUACACCACAUAUCGAGUGGCUCAGCCAACUGCAGCUGCUACGACGUACAGUGACGGGUACGGCAGAGUGUACACCGCAGCUGAUCCCUACCAUCAUGCCCUGGGACCUGCCGCAACUUAUGGUGUCGGGACAGUGGCCGGUCUGUAUCGUGGAGGAUACAACAGAUUUACUCCGUACUAAAUGAGGCACAGACUGAAGAGUAAAGGUCCCCGGCCUCGGAGGCUCCCCUCUGACUGACCUCGUCGGAUAACGUAAAGUUACCUUCUGGGGGCUGGAGCGUGCUUUCGAUCUCCUGCGCGGCGCCAAUCGUGUCUUGGUUGAACUUAGAAGACUCACUGGUUGAUUUUUGGUUUUGAAUUUGCUCUGAGGGAGAUGAAUUCACACGACAUGCGCCGCAUAACCGAGGACCGUGAACGGGCACCGCUCCUCCCACAGGUGCUAACGUUUAAGGAUUACCAAUGCGUUUGAGGCUUGCUCAGGUUACUUUGACUAAAGCAGGAGGGAGAUAUAAUUUAGGAGUUUCCCGGGAGCAUUCGGGAUUUAUUUUCGUUUUGUUGUUUAUAUUAUUGCUUUUUAAAAAUCUUCUCCCUGAUCUUCAAGUUAACAAAAUGAGUGGGAGAAGUCCGGUUUACUUAAGGUAUUCAUUAGAUUCCUCCUUCCCCAUCUCCUUGUCUGAGUCUUCAUCGUGCAUUUAGGCCCGCCAAUCCCAGUUUCGUGGCGCAGCGGGUACGUGCUUUCUCGCUGCAUCCUGACGUCUGGUCGUGCAAGCCUGCGUAUGUUUGGUGCGAUUAUGUAUUUCGCACAUUUUUUUCUCUGCUUGAGAACGCCCCCGCCUCCCCCUCAGUGAUCAGCUUUCCUUCCCUCAUGUCAAAGGCGUGCGUGUCGAUAGGUUAUCAUGCGUCCUACACCGUGGGCGAUGGGUAGGACCUGGGGGAGCUGAAGGGGUGUGUGUGUGUUAGGGGUGGGUGGGUGGGGGAGAUGUGGUUGGUGUGGGUAGGUCGGCAGGGACGCGGCGGGCCGAUACCCUAAAUGUUGUAUUCUCCGUGCUUCCAUUACUCAGUGCCCUCACGCUGAAUGUCCCCGUUGCUCGCUUCUGUUCCGGAAACGUCGAUAAAGUUUUAGACUUAGUUCAAGAUAAACCAGAUCGAGUUUACAACUGGUUACAAUAUUCAUAAGAUAUUAGCUAAUCAGCCCAUAGAGUCUGCUCCGCCAUUCACUUUUUGCAGAUUUGUCGUCAACCCUGUUCUCCCGCCUUCCUGCACCGGAAAAGGGAAUUGCUGCCAAGUCAGUUGGGCUAUGACAGUGCAGUGGCCUUCCAUUAUGCACCUGCGCCAAAACAUAGUCCCACUGGAAGUCCAGAGCUUGCUCGUCAGGAUCCUGGGAGGGUCUGUACAGUCAGUUCGAUUCCUUACACUGGUUGCCUUUGGCAUACCUCAGGGUUAACUAAUACCUGUAACACAGAGAGAGUUUUAUCCUGUUCCGGAGGUUUCUGCCCGGGGCAGUGAGGGAGUUUGAUUCUAUUCUCAAUUCCGUGACCUGGGAAUGUGUGAUGAGCCAGCAUAGGAGUUUUACUCUGUGUCUAACUUUGGGAGUGUGAGGCAGAAGAAACAUGGUGUCAGACACAGCCUCGGUCUGUACCGAGCCCCGUGACGGGAUACAGGAGAGGGAAUUUUACUCCGCGACUAACACCGUGCACUGGGAGUACGUGGAGGGAAAGCGCAGAGCGAGAUUCAUUCUGCGUCUGACCCCGCACGGUGGGAGUGCGUGAUGGGAUAGUGUUGGGGGGAGUUCACUGUGUCUGACCUCGAGAGUGUGUGAUGGGACAGUGUGGAACUUCACUCUGUGUCUGACCCCGGGAGUGGGUGACAUGACAUCAUAGAGGUAGCAUCACUCUGUAUCUGACCCCGUGACGGAACAGCACAGAGCAAGAAUUACUCUGUACUUGACGUAGAGCGCUGACCAACAUGUCCAGAGCAACCCACACAAAAUUUUAGAGGAACUCAGCGGGUCAGACAGUAUCUAUGGAGGGGAAUAAGCAGUCCACGUUUCGAGCUGAGAAAACUCGGGGACUGUUUACUUCCAUCCAGACAUGCUGCCUGACGUGCCAAAUCCUUCCGUAUUUUGGGUGUGUUAUUUUGAAUGUUGAUGUUCAGUGAGAAAAUGUAAUAUAUUCGUUUGCCCAUACUGGCCACUCUCCCCGAGUCUAUUACAGCUGAUGUUGUAAGGCCAACGGCUGAGUGAAGGUGAGGAUGGUGUGAAGCAUUUGUCACCUGCCGUCAUUCUUUUUGUUCAUCUCAAAGACAUCACUAAAACAGUUUGGAAAUACCAAUUCCAGGAACUCUUGGAAUUUAUUGCCUUUCUCCUUCCUCAGAGUUCCUCAGAUUUCCUCUCAGAACGUUCAGCUGCUGUUCCUCAUCUUCGAGAUCCCUGGUUCCACCACAAAAUCUAGGCGUGUGUGUGUGUGUGUGUGUGUGUGUGUGUGUGGGAGAGGGGGUGAGGUGGGGCUAUGAAUUCAGUGUGACGAAGGGCCACGCUCACGAGCGCCGCGAGACCGUAGUCAGAGAAGGGCGACUGCAUUGCUGGCUUGUUGUUGAAACUUUGACCACGCGUCGCCCGAAAAUGCUACCCCACUUUAAAGCAGACCCCUCCCUCCUCUCCCACUCCAGUAGACGGGGGAUUCUCACCAGUGCAAUUUGGAACCCUGACCACAGCUGUCAGUCGGAAGGUCUCUUUCGCCCGUGCGUCCCUGUCUAACUCCUACUCCCCUCGCUGCUGUUCUGCGCUAGUUUCCUGGAUUUCCUACUUUUGUAGUGGUCUGUGCAUGGACACCAAAGUCUGAUAAUAAAAUUGCCGUGGGUUUGCACACUCUUGCGCAUGUACAGUUGCAUUUUUGAGUAACUAUCCUCUUUGCAAAUGCAUUAUGGGAAUGUUUACCUCCUUCCCCUUUCUACCCGCCAGUCCUCCCGCUCCAAAAAUGUCCCCCUUGUGCGUCUUCAUAAAUUAACACAGUUUCCGGCACCUUCCUGUUUUGGUAUGUAUGGCUUUCCUCUGUCUUACAGCACUGUGCGAUUUCCCAGAAACUCUAGACAUUUCCCCAUCACCCUUACUGGCACCCUAGUUCCCACACCAUUCCGAGUGGUCUUCUAGUACGUUUGCUUUCCCACAUCGCGAUCCUAGACUUGGCCAUCUUCCCUUUCCUCGAACUCGCAGCCAAGGGCCUCGAAGACCCAGCGACUCCGGUUCGAUCCUGACUGGCGGCGAUGUCUCUGCGCGUGACCAUGUGGGUCCUCCUCCCCCCUCAGCCCCGCCCUUCACCCUCGGCAGCUUUCGAUUUCUUCCCACAACCCGGAAACGAUCUGAAUUCAUAGGUUAAUUUACCCAUAUAUAAAUGGCCCUAAUAUGGGCCGGGGUCAGGAGCCGGUAAAUCUGGGAAGUUGAUUGGCUUCUGAUAAUAGGUUGACGGGAAGGAGGUGUUGAUUAAAAUGGAAUGAUAGAGUUGAUAGACAGGCAUAAUUAAGAAUCGUGAUGCUGCUUUCUUCAACGGGGCAAUGAUGUGAAAAUGACCCACACAGUCCUGGAAUAAAUUUUAGUUGUUCUGUCGAGCUUUCAGUCAAUGGGUACACCGUUCCAUCCAAUUUUAUCAAGUUUGAGGGAUGAUGUGUGCACAUGCACACACACACACACACACACACACACACACACACACACGUGCCAAUGUCGGGAUCGAACCCGAGUUGCCAAGCUUUGAGGCCACCUUACCGCUUGCCCCCGUUCCUUUUUCUAACUUGCUGGUUGCAUUUGUUGGAACCCUGCCCCUCCUAUAAUUAAUCUCCAAUGCUCUUCAUAAAGUUGUAUAACUGGGAAAUAGAGGCCAUUCGGUCCAACAUCCAUUUUGCUCAAGGUCCUACUUGUAGAACAGUAUAGCACAGAAAAAACGCUUUCGGACUAGGAUACCCGUGUUGACCAUAAUGCUUAAUUAAACUAAGUCUGUUGCCUGAGGUGACCAUAAUGCUAAGUUAAACUAAGUCUAUUGCCUGCGCGUGGUCUGUAUCACCCCAUCCCCUGCAUGCUCUUGUGCCUCUGAAAAUGUCACAAUCGUGUGUGCUCCUACCACCAUCGCAGUAGGUAGGCAUCUACCACUAAAAAACCAAUGACGAUCCUUCAAACGUUCCCUCUUGGACUUGAAGGUUGUGCCAUCUAGCAAUUAACAUUUCUGUCCCUGCGAGGGCAAAACUCCAUGACUAUCCACCCUCUUAUCAUUUAAUUGAAUUCUAUCAGGUUUCGCCACCACCCCUUCCCCUCUUCCCAGCCUGCUACACUCCAGAGAAAACAACCCACUUGACCAACCUCAUCUUGUAGCUAAUACUCUCUAAUACAAGCAGCAUCGUGAUGAACCUCUUCUGCACCCUCUCUUAAACUUUCAUAACCUGUCUGUAACGGGGCUGAUCGAGGUUAUCAUAUUUACCCGUGCUUGGCUCACAUCCCCCUCAACCUUUCUUAUCCAUGCACCUGUCCGUGUCUUUUAAACGUUGUAAUUGUGCACGCCUCUUUCACUUCCUCUGGCACUAAACCAAUUUCCUCCCCACCCCACCUUUCACAUCUCUGCACUCUUUGCAGCCCACUCCCUGUCUUGUCAUCAUUUGAAAAUUUGCCGCACGGGUAUUUCCAGCAUUUUAUGCUUUAUUUCAGAUUUUCAACACGUCCACUAUUUCUUUCGCCCCUCACUGAAGCGUAACGUAAACAACGCGUGGUAGUAUCAAGAUCGUACCAGUUCAGCUAGACUUCCCUCUCCUCCCCCCAUGUAACCUGUGUGGGCAAAUAUGACCAAAUGGGCAGCGCAGAUAGUUCGAUAUGACCCAGGAUGGUUAAAGAAGACCCCAAUGCCCCCUCUCUUUUUUAAAUUUCAUUCCUUAUUGUGGUUUCUC